CAAAGUUGCGUAUGCGCGAGAGGGUGUGUGUGAGAUCACACAUUCUGUCUGAGGACAGCCCCUAAAUGAGUUUAACGAGAUUGGUGAGAACAGUAAACUGCUGGCAGGGUGAAGAAAGUGAGGGUGGAAGGAGGUUGGAUGCUUGGCAGGGCAAAUCCUCAAACAGCAAAAUCAGGUGUUCCAGUGACCACUGCUGAGCGCCAACACUCCAUCAUGAGGAGCCCGUUUCCAGCCGUGCUCGUUCUGCAGCUUCUCGGGACCUGCUUUUGCCAAUUCCCUCGGCCCUGCGCCAACACGGAGAGCCUACGGACCAAAGAAUGUUGCCCCGUUUGGGAUGGAGACGGCUCGGCGUGCGGCGCCCUGUCAGGCCGAGGUUUUUGCACCGAGGUGCUCGUGUCAGACGAGCCCCACGGUCCGCAGUACCCCCACAGCGGAAUUGACGACAGGGAGCGCUGGCCUUUGGCCUUCUACAAUCGAACCUGUCGCUGUGUGGGAAACUACGGAGGUUUCGACUGCGGGGAGUGCAGGUUUGGCUAUUGGGGAGCAAACUGUGCCGAGUACAGGGAAUCAGUGCGGCGAAACAUCCUGACGCUGUCAGCUGCUGACCAGCAAAAGUUCAUCUCCUACCUCAACCUGGCCAAGAACACCAUCAGCCCCGACUAUGUCAUUGCCACGGCAACCAGAGCAGAGAUGGGCGAAAACGGUGAGAAUCCAAUGUUCAGUGACAUCAACUCCUACGAUCUGUUUGUCUGGAUGCACUACUACGUGUCGCGAGACGCCUUCCUGGGUGGGCCGGGGAACGUGUGGACCGACAUCGACUUCGCCCAUGAAUCUGCAGCCUUUCUGCCCUGGCAUCGAGUCUACCUGCUUCACUGGGAGAAUGAGAUCAGGAAGCUCACAGGAGAUUUUAACUUUACCAUCCCAUAUUGGGACUGGAGGGACGCCCAAACCUGUCAGGUGUGCACCGAUGCUUUGAUGGGGGGCCGCAGCCCCUUCAAUCCCAACCUCAUCAGCCCUGCGUCCGUCUUCUCAUCGUGGAAGGUGAUCUGCACUCAGCCUGAGGACUACAACAAUCGUGAGGCAUUGUGCAACGCGACAGGGGAAGGACCGCUGUUGCGUAACCCCGGCAACCACGAUACCAGCCGAGUGCAGCGACUCCCAACAUCAGCUGAUGUCGACUUCACUGUGGGCCUCCGGGAGUACGAGACCGGAGCCAUGGACCGCUUUGCCAACAUGAGCUUCAGGAACGUUCUUGAGGGUUUCGCCAGUCCAAUCACAGGCAUGGCGGUUCAAGGCCAGAGCACCAUGCACAAUGCCUUGCACGUCUUCAUGAACGGCUCCAUGUCCUCUGUGCAAGGUUCCGCCAAUGACCCCAUAUUCCUCCUGCACCACGCUUUCAUAGACAGCAUCUUUGAGCGUUGGCUGCGAACCCACCAGCCUACACGGGCCUUCUAUCCAUUUACCGACGCGCCCAUUGGCCACAAUGACGGCUACUACAUGGUGCCAUUCCUGCCUCUUUAUAGAAAUGGAGACUAUUUCCUCUCCACUAAGUCAAUGGGAUAUGAAUACGCCUAUCUGUUGGAUCCAGGUCAGCGAUUUGUUCAGGAAAUCCUGACACCUUACCUCCAGCAGGCCCAGGAGAUCUGGCCGUGGUUGCUGGGAGCCGGUAUCAUCGGGGCGUUGAUCGCGGCAAUCACCGCGGUUGUGGCCGUUGUGGCAAGAAAGAAAUGGAGACGAAACCAGAGGAGGAAGAGGACGUCCAUUUUUGGAGAACGACAGCCGCUUCUUCAGAGCAGCUCAGAGGAAGGCUCAGCUUCCUACCAGACUACUCUGUAACACUCACACACACACACACACACACACACACACACACACACACACACACACACACACACACACACACACGCACACACACACUUACACUAGCUUAGGUAAUGACAUUCUGACAGGUUCCUGGGUUUCUAAAGAUAAAAUUUGGUGAAGAGUUUGUGCACCUGAAUCACGUUUUCUCCUCAUUUUAAAAAAGCAAAAGCAUAUGUCUACACGUAUAAUGAGUGUCCAUUCUUACUAUCUUUUGCAUACCAAACCAAAGAUUUAGCCCAUGAAGUAAAAUGCACAGUAAUGAUCCAAUUGUCAUAAACACUUCCAUGUAUUUGCUGAUAAGGUAUCUAGGAUACACUGCACAUGUACAAAAAAAAAAAUCUUACUCAUAAUGUCAGACGCUGUAAAUUGUUGAUUUGGGUGCACCAACCUUCAUGAAGUUUUUAAACAGCAAGCUGAAAAUCAUUCAGGAAGAUAUCCCACAUAUUCCAAACAUUUACCAAUCAGAAUACACUGAGGACGUGUGGGUACACAUGCAUGUAUUGAUAAUGAUAUUGAUAAUUAUAAUUGAUGAUGAUAAUAAUAAUAAUAAUAAUAAUAAUCAUAAUAAUCAUAAUAAUCAUAAUAUGAACAAAGAUUCACAUGCUUGAGUUACGUGAAAGAGCUUGACUUGAAAGGUGUUUGCUAAAUAUUAACAUACUCUAUAUUCAGAAAUUAAAUGGGUUUUAAUCACUAUUAAAUGUACAAUUGUAUAAUUAUUUUUGAUAUUAUGAUGGCCCAAUUGAAAGUGAAGGUCAAAUGAAAUACAAUGAAAUAAAAUUUUAAAAAGUGCAAUUAUAUGUUAUAUGUGCCUCCACUAGUCUAAACACAGAAGUCUCAUUAAAAUUGGAUUGUGGAAUAAGAAUGUAGCAGAUAAUAAAUCCACGUAACCAAACCCAGAAAUUCAACGGCAGCAAUUCAAACCCAUCAACACUUUGACGUGAAUUUCAGCCAACAGCAGGGGGCAAUGCUGCAUAAAAUUUCAGCCUCUGCGGAUGGCUGAAAAUGGGUGGAUUUGUCUGGUUCAUUUUUAUUCCACCAACUCCAUUUGAAAUUCCGUGUUUAGUGGGGGCACAAAGUAUAUUAUAACAAAGAAAAUGUCUGAUUUCCACUUAAAAGGAAAUGACCUUGUUUUUACACAAGUGAAUACUGUACACUCACCGAAAAACUGGUGCUCAAGGAUCGUAAUGCACGUGAUUUCUCACAAACUCAUGAAAUGUGAGUGGCUGCAUUAAAAUCAGAUCUGAUCCGAAUUU